GAAGGGCGGGAUCUACCCCGAAAAGCUGCUAAUGAAAAUACGCGGUGGAUUCUCUUUCUCUUCCCGCCCCUUUGCGCGUGCGCUCCCUGCAGGAAGCUGGUUCCUGACCGGAGGUUUACCGGGUAACUCGGUAGAGUUACAGCUGCCUGCAAAACAGACGCCGCUGUGCUGCAGCGCGCGUUCGAGUCCUGUCUGCCUGUUCGAGACUCUGGAAGAUGUCAGCCCAAGGCCAUGCCUGGUCCCGACAGGUGAAGAAGGAGGAUGAAGAAGAGGACCCGCUGGACCAGCUCAUCUCCCGCUCAGGCUGUGCCGCUUCCCACUAUGCAGUGCAGGAGUGCAUGGCCCAGCACCAGGACUGGAGGCAGUGCCAGCCACAGGUGCAGGCCUUCCGGGACUGCAUGAGUGCACAGCAGGCGAGGCGGCGGGAGGAGCUGCAGAGGCUGAAGGAGCAAAGCAGCGCCCACCGCUGAGACCCCAAACCACCUAUCCCCAGAGGAUGGCCCUGCAGAAACUAGCACCCAGACAGAUCAUGGGAGAAAGAAAUCCUGAACAGUGGAAGUGUGGGCCAAGAACUGUAAGACUUGGGGAUAGUGUUUGGGCCUGAGGCUGAGAGCCAGGCAGCCGUGGUUUUGGACAUGAGCUGUCAUAUUGAGAUCCCACGCAUCCUCACCCAUAUUGUGUCACCAAUAUUAAAUAUUGACCAGUAUUUGCCAUGUAAAACAGAGUGGGGUUAAGGGAUGCUCUCCUAUGCUACAUCUUGGGUCAGUGUGCCAAGUACUGUGCUGAUUACAUGGACAUUUAAUUUCAAAGUAGAUUCACAAUCUGAAGGUAAAUUGGUUACCCUUAAUCAUUUCUUCAUUCGGUCAUAGGUUCUAAAGCAGCCAGGUUUAUGAGACCUCAUGUGCCAGGCACUGUGUAGGAAAACUGAUGUGAUGCAAAUAUAUCUCCCUUCAUAUUGCUUUACUCUGGUUUGAGAGAGAAACAGAACACUAGAACAACUAAUUUCUGAUAGUGAUACAAAUGACUUUAUCUUUCAUCAACUGUUCUGGAUAUUUCAGUCAGUCUAAUGAAGAAGGCAAAUGGGAAAACAAAUAAUAAGUUCCUCUCAUAUGUCAGACUGUUGUAUUCACAGAUACAGAGUCUGAUUUGAACAUGCUCCCAACCAAAGAAAUACAUAAUGUUGACUUGAUGUUUAAAAAGUAAUUUAACAUAACAUACAGAUUUUCAGUUUUUGACAAGUUUGGAGAAUCUGUCAACAUGGAGCUUAUAUUUCUACUUUAACAGCAAUUUGCUGGAGCUGAAUGAAUGAUUCUUUUAGGUGGAUGUGUACUGCAGCUCCCAACAGUUGCCAUUGCUUUCCAUUUUUCUUCCAUAGAAGUGCAUUACCCAUUCUAUUAUUUUGUCUCUGACAUUUGGGAGUGGGAAGGGAGUUGAGAGAGUGACCAUUGCUAUAGAACUGGAAUGCAAAGGGACAUAUGCUCUUAUCAUCAGAAACAUUUCUUGAGCAUAUAUAUAUAUUAGAAGCACAAAUCUGAAAUAGAAUAGGCCCUAAAACUACUUUGAGCCUUUCUGUUGGUAUUUUGGAAGGAGAAAAAGAGAAAAGAGGAGAAGUUAAGAGGGAUUCAAGUUCAAAGAACCAUAAAAUCUUAUUUCAAGCAGAAAGAGGUGACUGGAUGUGUGUAAAAGGAUGAAUGAAUCUGUUGGGCCAUGUGUGCUGUGCUGUGGGUCAUCAGAGGUAGCAGUGUGAA